AUGGCCGCGCCCGUGAAGACGCAACCAAGGAAAUACUUGUGCAAUUAGGAUUCAUUAAACCUGACACCAUGAUUCUUGUCAAAAGCAGGGAACAUCUCCGAUCAGUAGGUAGUGUCUGCAUCUGAUGAAAUACAUGAUGAAGAGCAUUAUGGCUGCCUAAACGGGGUGUUCAAUGUAUCAACAACUGGUCAGACGCCUGUUUUCCCAAGUAACACACACAUGUAAACAGAACUUGCAUGUGAAAUCAAGAACAUUCCACUAUCCUAAGCGUGCAGGAAAUCUAAAGAUCAUGAAGCUUGACAGUUCACAGUUUCAUGGCAUCUUUAAUCCAGAGCUGAGGCAGCUCAUCAAGUACUUUGAGACGUAUAAGUAUGAGCUGCGUAUAGCAGGCGGGGCAGUGAGGGACCUGCUCCUGGGCAAUCACCCUCAUGAUAUAGACUUUGCCACCACUGCCACACCAGAUGAAAUGAAGGCACUGUUCGAGAGGGAGAAUGUGCGCAUGAUAAACAACAAGGGAGAGAAGCAUGGGACGAUCACAGCCAGGAUUAACGACAAAGAGAACUUUGAGGUAACAACUCUGCGUAUUGAUGUAGUGACUGAUGGCCGCCAUGCAGAAGUUGAGUUCACAACAGACUGGCAGGUAGAUGCAAACAGACGGGAUCUCACCAUUAACGCCAUGUUUCUAGGAUUUGAUGGGACUGUGUAUGACUACUUCAAUGGGAUGGAGGACCUUGAACAGCGACGUGUUCGCUUUGUGGGUGUUGCUGAUGAAAGGAUGCAGGAAGACUAUCUCCGAAUACUCCGCUACUUCAGGUUCUAUGGACGCAUUGCUGGGGGCCCCAGUCUCCAUGAGCCUGAGACGUUGGACUCCAUCAGGCAGAAUGCACAUGGCCUCGCUGGAAUAUCUGGCGAGCGCCUGUGGGUUGAAGUUAAGAAAAUCAUGACUGGGAAUUAUGCCGGCCCCAUUGUACAGACCAUGAUAGAGCUGGGUGUUGGAGCUUUUAUUGGACUUCCAGAGAAACCUAAUGUGCAGCACUUCCUUGAAGUGUUUGCAAACACGGAAGGAUUGUCUCCCCUGCCCAUGACAAGAUUGUCCGCGCUACUGCCUGGAGAGGCGGAGAUGUAUGACUUACACAAACGGCUGAAAUUAUCAUCCGAGGAACUGAAACUUGGUCUGUUUAUUAUACAGCAUCGUGAUGAUGAUGUUGGUGAGUCUCUGUCCAAAUACUGCCAGGACCUGAUCAUAGACACUGUUGGCAGGGAGCCCAAGGUGAAGGACAGGAUCAUACAACUGAUGCUGUAUAAGGGUGAGGGGACCCAAGCGGACAAGCUUGCAUGCUGGUCCCCCCCUAAGUUCCCGGUGACAGGCCAUGACCUCUUCGCACACAAUGUUCCCAAAGGACCAGUAUUUGCCAAGACGCUCAACGAGCUGCGACAAAUCUGGAAGAGGAGCAACUGUAUGAUGUCGAAAGAGGAACUCAUUGACAAAAUAGAUGAAGUAGUGAAAGAGAAGUCUUGAUGAAGUUGUGGUUGAAGUGUGGGAAGUCUUCUUAUCCAAUCAGAUGAUCUGUUGUUUGAAUCCAGCAAGGUAUGAGGCAUUGUACAAGGUGAACAAGGUGCUGCAAUCUGGUUGAUUGUAAAUGAUAUUCAGUGGGAAAGAAUCUUGACUUCUUGACUGAGAAUACUUUCUCUGAUUGGUUGUAAAUGUAAUUCAAUGGGAAAGACUUUGUGACUGAAAAUACUUUUUGUGUCAUGACAGAUCAUGAUAUCAUGGAUUAUGUCAUGAAGUCAUGUGGUUUAAGCCUCAUGUUCCCCAGCCUACAUUUGCUGUGAUAAUAAACCUUCCAUUUUUAGCACUAAAUCCAUAUUCGAGGGUUUGAGAAAAAAUAAACAAUACCUUUCGAAGAGGCAUAAAAACAACUUGACAAUGUCAAAGGAAUAAAUCUGUGCACAUGA